AACCCACCCAUCACCUCAAGUCCUCGCACGAAAUUGUAUCAACAUAAUGACCAUCAAGAAGGGAGAGGUUUCAUUCAUCACAGGAGGGGCCUCUGGUAUUGGCAAGGCUCUUUCUGAGAACCUUGUUUCCCAAGGGGGCCGUGUAGUCAUCGUUGACUUGAACCCCGAGACCAGCAAGGCGCUUGCUGAUGAGCUGAACAAGAAGGCUGGCUCUACUGUCGCUGUUUCUGCGAAGGCAGACACCACCGUCUGGGAAGAGCAAGUUGCUGCUUACGAAGUGGCGAAGAAAGCCUUCGGGCGCAUUGACUAUGUCUUCGCCAAUGCUGGUAUCGCAGAAUAUCCCUGGAUCCCUGCAUUCGACCCUUCCACCGCUGCGUCUCGCCCCUUUACGAAGCCCAACCUCCUCACCGUCAACAUCGACCUUGUUGGUCAGCUUAACACUGCUGCCCUCGCAUUCCAGAUUUUUGAGCGUCAAGAGAAGAACGAGUUGGGGUUGAGGGGAAAGUUGAUCAUGACCGCAAGCGUGUUCGGUUAUUAUCCAUGCCCGAGCAUGCCAAUGUAUGCUGCUGCAAAAGCUGGGAUUGUCAACUUCAUGAGGAGUGCGGCCGAGUUUUACAAAGCGAAGGACAUCACGGUCAAUUUAGUUGCACCAAAUUUGAUUGACACCAACAUCGCGCCCGACUCGCUUUUCGUUCCUUUCCGCGAAAGGAAUCUUCUUACUCCAGUAUCUCUUGUUGUCGAGCAAUUCAAUACCCUUCUCGGCUCCUCCACCGUGACCGGUCAGGCUCUGUCUAUCAACGGCGAAGAAGUCUGGGUUCAUCCUCCCGAAUCCGUCAAGUUCAAAGAGAACGACCCCAGCUGUAAACUCAUCGACGAAGAGAUUUCCAAGCUCUUUGGCUAUACGAAGAUCUAAAUUACUUGCCUCACGUCCAUGGCAGCUACUUUCAAAUGGGGGAGCUGUGAGAAUGGAGAGGCAUUGAUGUGGCGAGGAGAAGUCUCGCUAUAGUACGAAGUAAAGGUCAUUCACGUUGUAUUUGGAAUUUCAAUUGUAAUAUAUACC